AUGGAAGAAUGCAAGUCUACAACAACUCCUAUGAAUCAAAAGGAGAAGUUCUGCAAAGAUGAUGGAGCUGAAAAGGUUGAUGAAGGACUUUAUAGGAGCCUGAUAGGUUUCCUAAUGUACUUGACUGCAACAAGACCAGAUAUUCCUUAUGCUGUGAGUUUACUUUCAAGAUAUAUGCAUUGUGCUAGCGAAAUUCAUUUUCAAGCAGCUAAACGUGUGAUUAUACAAGUUAAAGCUCAGGUGAUAUGCGAAGCACCUAAGGUUACUAUUUUAGUUUUGGUUCUGGAAUGUUCUCUUGGUGUUCAAAGAGGCAAGAUAUUGUGGCUCAUUCUACAGAUGAAGCAGAGUACAUUACAACUGCAUCAGCUACGAAUCAAGCCCUUUGGAUUAGGAAACUACUAUCAGAUUUGUAUAUGGAGCAAAAGAAGAGCACUGAAAUCUUUUUUGAUAAACAAGCAGCAAUUUCAAGAUUUCAAGAUCAAGCUUUAUUUCUUGAGAGAGGUGCAAAAGAAUGGAGACAUAGACUCGGUGCACUGCAAAAUUUAUUUUCAGACUGUUGAUAUUUUAAUUAAGGCCCUACCUAGAGCAAGAUGUGAAUUUCUCAAAAAAAAGCUUGGGAUUGCUGCUCUUGAGUCAAGGAGGAGUGUUGAAAGUGGUGCCUCAAAAGCUGGAGAUUAG